UUGAAUACCAUGCGAGACACUCAGUUUUUCAGUAGAUAAGACUCGUUGCUCUGCCAUGCGAUGUUGACCAACGUCACGAUCAUGCCGUUGUUUGGUAAAGCUGCUUAUAUAAUCCACGUGAAAUGAUUAAAUACUCAAAAGUUUGGAUCCACUAAAGUUGACAGUUCACUAUAUGUACCGUAAAUGACAUGCCAAGAUUUAGGGUGUCAUAAAAUCCAACUUUUUUAAUGUUCAACUUCAAGAUCACAAUUAGUGUACAUAGAGGACGACUUGGAGAAGCAUUUCGAGUGUGAUAAGCAACGCUUCAACAUUCAAGUACUGUAAAUUCAACAUGAAGACUCCAUUGAGUUUCUGCCAUUUACGCCAGCUCCGGAAUCGAAUGCCCGGAAACAUUACCUCUAUUAGGAACCAGACAUUGAACUCUUCCACCUCAAGACCCCUACAGACUGAUACAAAACAUGACAAACCAGGAGCUAAGAAACAAGAUAUGUUCAGGAAUCCUUUAUCACGGCUGCAGCCUUAUUUACAAGUACCAAUAUUGUCGGAUAAAGAUGAAGUAUUUGCCCCCCCACACACAGAGAUAGAGCAGGGCAGGUGCUUGUUUAGAAAUGACUUGCAGAAGAAACAUGAGAUCAAGUUUCACACUGCCGCAGUGAGGUCAAGUAAACUGGCGGAUUUCCAGAUGCCGGAGGUUGCAUUUCUUGGAAGAAGUAACGUCGGCAAGAGCUCUCUCAUACAAGCAAUGUUUUCAGAAGUACCGAAUGUUGAAGUCAGGGUCUCACGGAAACCGGGACACACAAAGACAUUGAAUUUCUUCCAAGUCGGGAAAUCCUUUUCCUUGGUGGAUAUGCCUGGUUAUGGCUACAACAUGCCUGACCACUUCCAGGAGUCGGUGGAGAAGUAUCUUCAGACUCGACGCAGAUUGUGUCGAACGUUUAUAUUAAUUGACGGUCAGGUUGGUUUGACCAAAACUGAUGAAGUUGGACUGAAGAUGAUGGAGGAGUUCAAGAUUCCAUAUGUGGUGGUGAUGACAAAGAUCGACAAGGCUGGGCGCCACACUUUAGUGUCAAACUUGCUCUCCUUCCUCGAGGUCAGAAAUAACAGCACCGGUCACUGCUGCUUCCCACAGCCAUUUCUCGUCAGUUCCAAGAGCGGAGAAGGUCUUGCCUUACUACAGACAUUUAUAGCAUAUAUCACUGGUUGUAUCCAUGUUGAGGGCUUGUGAUGAUACCUGGUUCUCCCUACAGAUGUAUACCGCAGUGCUGAUGUGUCGACAGUGACACUGUGUCUACAGACAACAAAAAUAACAUCAAAAGUAAAUAUCCAUGUUGAGGGCUGGUGAUGAUACCUGGUUCUCCCUACAGAUGUAUACUGCAGUGCUGAUGUGUCGACAGUGACACUGUGUCUACAGACAACAAAAAUAACAUCAAAAGUAAAUAUCCAUGUUGAGGGCUGGUGAUGAUACCUGGUUCUCCCUACAGAUGUAUUCUGCAGUGCUGAUGUGUUGACAGUGACACUGUGACUACAGACACCCAAAAUAACAUCAAAAGUAAAUAUCCAUGUUUAGGGGUUGUGAUGAAUACCUGCUCCCCUACAGAUGUAUUCUGCAGUGCUCAUGUGUCGACAGUGACACUGUGACUACAGACACCCAAAAUAACAUCAAAAGUCAAUAUCCAUGUUGAGGGCUUGCUCGCCAACAGGUCCACAUUGCUGUGUUUGCUUGAAGACAAGACAUUUUGUGACAGACAUCACAAAAGAUACAAGGUACAUCCAUGUUAUGGGCUUCUGAUGGACACAGUGUUGCCAAAUCUUUGGUACAUAAAUGGAUAAUAAUAAUAAUAAUGAAAAACAUGAUAACGCUUCUUAUGUAACAAAACUCCAUACUCGUGUAUGCUAAAAGCACUAAAUUAUUACCCCGUCAAUGGAUCUCAGCUCCCUGGGGAGUAUACAACACAAGCUGCCUGUGAGGUGCUAGAAGAUUAACAGUCACAUGACCAUCUCAGCCUACUGUGUACCGAUUCACUGCUUGGAGAACAGAGGAACUGUCACUUGCCUGAGGAGACACCACAUGUAACGUGUGGUGCAGACCGAAGUCCUAAAACAUCUCGGGACUCGGGAUCACGAAUACAGUCACCCAUCCACCUACUCUCUGCGACCGACAUUGCUUAACUACGCUUGAUAUUUUACGUGCUCUAAACAGAACGUCAUGCCAGCUCAUGUACAGAUAUCAUCUCGAUUAGUUGCAGACACCAUUAUAUAGCUUGAAUACUGCCGAGUAUGACAUUAAACAUCAGAAAGACGCACACACGCACACACACACACACACACACACACCUUUCUCAGCCAUCCCUCUUGAAUCAUACUGAACAUAAUUUGCCAUGGUAACAGUCUGUCGCCUGUAGCAUUGGAUACUUUUUUUCGUUAUUUGGUAUUAAAAAAAUAAUCAUCAAAUUCUAAUAUAUACAAAAACAACAACAAUGUAUAUCAUUGUUUAUUGGUUUAUUAAAAACUUGAGACAUGA